AUGGGGUUGAAAAGAUCAUACCGAGGUCCUUUUCUUUUCUACGCUUUGUAUUUUGUUUCAUACGUCUCUUUCCCGAAGUCAAAAGUACGAGUCGUUUUCUGAUGUUUAUGAUUCGUGCUCCACUAUAACCUUCGGUCCGCCUGCCCCGUUUGUCUGGAUGCAGACUGAGGCUAAAGCCAUUGUCCUGUGACGGAAUGCUCUUCCCUGUGAACCACCUGCGGGCAAACGGGACCUGCGUAUUCGGGCCCAACAAGCGAGAGACAAUUGUUUAGGUGUGCUGGCGACGUGGCAGAAGCUAGAAGUGGUUACGCCCAUUGAUAGGCUGCUAACAUAUCGACAUUCCAGACUAACGCGCGAACUCUAACACUCUGAGACUCAUUCUGACCAAUAAUGAUUCGUCAGAGAACGUCCAAGCACGAGGUUAUCAAGUAUGUCGUUGUGGAUAGGAGUCCGGGGAAGUCUUCGUCGGACGGCGGUGGUGCUUCGCCCGGGACAAGCUCUACCGGUGGGACGUCUUCAACCGGACUUACAGAAACACAACAAGACGUCUUGAGCAAGGAUGUCGUACAGAAAGAACAUCUUAGCGAGGUGGGGACUCUGGGGCAACCGGGGCACAAGACACAGGAAUCCUCUCAUGUGACACCGGUCGCAUCAAAUGAAAGACGACAACAGACCACACCGCUGAAUGACACAUUGGGUGCACAGGGCAACGAUGACUUACAGGGAAAGUCUAAGGACAGUGGAAGAUUCCAAACACAUCCGAACGCUGAUCCAAGUUCUGAUGAUCCAGAUUCCACUGAUCCAAGUGCUACGUAUCCAAGCUCUGUUAAUCCAAGUUCUGCUGGUCCAGAUUCGGAUCAAGAGGAAGAUUCGGACACGGUAGCCUCCUCAGAAACUGCCUCCUCCUCUGCCAUUAGUGACUUUGAAAUUCAGAUACCGUCCGGCGAACCUGGCAUAGAGUCAUUCAGAGUCAUUAUAUAUAAACUGAACGGGCCAGACGACAGGGAGGAUUCAGGUCAAGGGGACAGCAAUGAGGAAGACGUGCAGCUCACUUCAUCGGACUCUCAACAACAAGGAAAUCAACCAUCACCCGAUACAAAGUCCGAAAACGUGCAGGGGAUUGUUGAAAAGACACACGAAACCAUAACACCGACGGGAGAAACAUUGUCGGGUGAUGAGGAAGAUCCAUUAGAUCCUGAGAAGAAGACACAGCAGCAGGGGGAAACAUCAAACUUGCAGGAGGAAACAUUAGACAAAGAGAGGGAGACAUCAGAAAGACAAGAGGAGUCAUCGGGCCAGGAAAAAGAGACAACAGACAGGCAUGAGGAAUCAGACAGGUCGGCAGACAAAACAAUAGACAAACAAAAGGAUACAUUAGAUAUAAAUGUGAAGGCAUCACAUAAACAGAGGGGAACAACAGACAGGGAGGAUGGGGCAUUAAAAAGGCCGAAGGAAACAUCAAAUGAAAAGGAGACAACUUCAGAUAAAGAUAAAGAAACACCAGACGUACACAAUGAAACAUCGGACAAAGUGGAGGCGUUAAAAAGGCUAGAGGAAAAGGUUAAAAAGUUGGAGGAAACAUAUGAGAAGGAGAAAACAUCGGAUACACGAAAGGAAGUAUCAGGCAGGCAGGCGGAGACAUCUGACAGACAGGAGGUAACAUCAGGGAAAGGGGAGGAAACACCUAACAAACUAGAGGAUACAUUAGGAAAAGGGCACGAAAUAUCUGACAGGAAGGGGACAUUAGAGAAAGGGGAAGAAACAUCUGACAAACACCGGGAGGAGACCUUAGAGAAAGAAGAGGAGACAUCUAAGAAACAUGGGGAGACAUUAGAGAAAGAAGAGGAGACAUCUGUCAGGCAGGAGACAUCGGAUAAAGGGAACGAAACAGCCGACAGACAGGGCGAGACAUUAGAGAAAGAGGAUGAAACAUCUCAUAAACAGGAGGAAACAUCAGAUAAAGGGGAGAAAAUAUCUGACAAACAUGACAGACAGGAGGAGACAUUGGCGAAAGGGGAGAGAACAUCUGGCAGGGAGGAGACAUUGGAGAAAGGGGAGGAAACAUCCGACAAACAGGAGGAAACAUCUGAUAAACAGGAGGAGACAUUAGAGAAAGAAGAGGAGACAUCUGUCAGGCAGGAGACAUCGGAUAAAGGGAAAGAAACAGCCGACAGACAGGGCGAGACAUUAGAGAAAGAGGAUGAAACAUCUCAUAAACAGGAGGAAACAUCAGAUAAAGGGGAGAAAAUAUCUGACAAACAUGAUAGACAGGAGGAGACAUUGGCGAAAGGGGAGGGAACAUCUGGCAGGGAGGAGACAUUGGAGAAAGGGGAGGAAACAUCCGACAAACAGGAGGAGACAUCAGAUAAAGGGGAGGAAACAUCUAACAAACAGGAGGAGACAUUAAAGAAAGGGGAGGAAACAUCAGUCAGACAGGAGACAUCAGAUAAAGGGAAAGAAACAGCCGGUAGACAUGAGGAGACAUUGGCGAAAGAGGAGGAAACAUCUGAUAAACAGGAGGAGACAUCGGAUAAAGGGAAGGAAACAUCUAAUAGGGAGGAGACAUUAGAGAAAGGAGAGGAAACAUCUGACAAACAAGGGGAGACAUCUGACAAACAGGAGACAUCAGAAAGGGCGGAGAGAGCAUUAGAUGAAAUGGAGGAAAUAUCGGACAGACAGGAGAGAACAUUAGGGGAGCUAGAGGAGACGAUAGAUAAGCUGGAGGAAAGAUUUCAGAAGGAAGACGGAACAUUUGACACAAUAGAAGAUAUUCUAAGUGGGCAAGAGGAAACAUUGCAAAAGCUGGAAGAUACAUUCAACAAGGAAGAGGAAACAAUAGACAAACUGGAAGAAAUUAUAGACGGACAGGAGAAUAUAUCAGACAGAGAGGACGGAGCAGUAAAGAAGGAAGAUGAAAUAUCCGACAAAGAAACCGAAGAUAGGCAAAGAGAUGUUUUAGGUACUGAGAGGAAAAUACCAGAGAGGCAGGACCAAAUCUCGUUCGGGCAGAGGGGAGGUUUAGAUGAACAGAAACCGCUAUCAGACAGGCAAGAACAGGCUACAGACGUCGAGAAAAGAACCGGCAGCGAAGAGAGAAAAUGUGGACAGGAUGGUGUAUCCAAGAGUCAGGAAAUACGAUCAGACGGACAGGGCAAUCAGAUAGGUAACGUUAGCCAAAAGGAAAAUAAAGACGGGCAAGUUUCAGGUAGUCAGAAGGAAACACCGGACCAGUCUGAGGACGCAUCAAGUAAACAGAAUGAGUCACUAGACAAGAUAGAUGAACCAUCAGACACACAACCAGAAGUAUCGACCGGAGACGAAGAAACCCCGAAUAGGCAAGAGGAUGCGUCUGGUAUACGAUCAAAAUCCCCAACGACGCAACAGGAGCAGGGAGACAAGACAGAAGACUUGCCAGAGGGAGGAGAGAAGCCAGAAGGACACAGAGGAGAGAUGGGCGAACAGGGAGUAACAUUGGAUGCACAUAGCGAAGCACAAGACAAGCCAGUGGAAACACCCGACAAACAAAGCGAAGUAAAACGUCAGGAAGAAGCGUUGUCCGUUCAGGAUAAAGGAAAGAACGAGGAAACGAUGGACAAGAAGGGGAAAACAUUAGAUAAGAAAGAUGAGUCAUUAGACAGGUCGGGUGAGACAUUUGAUAGGGAAAGUGGGAAAUUAGUCAGUCCGGGCGAGGCAUUAGACAAGAAGAGGGAAACAUUGAACACGCAAGGAACCGACAUCGAAGAGAGAAAAUGUGGACAGGAUGGUGUAUCGAAGAAUCAGGAAAUACGAUCAGACGGGCGGGAUAACCAGAUAGGUAACGUUAACCAAACAGAACGUAAAGACGGGCAAGUUUCAGGUAGUCAGAAGGAAACACCGGACCAGUCUGAGGACGCAUCAAGUAAACAGGAUGAGUCACUAGACAAGAUAGAUGAACCCUCAGACACACAACCAGAAGUAUCGACCACAGAUAAAGAAACCUCGGGUAGGCAUGAUAAUACGUCUGCAAUACAAGAGCAGGGAGACAAGACAAAAGACUCGCUACAUAGAGAAGAGAAGCCAGAAGGACAAAGAGGAGAGUCGGAAAAUCAAGGGGAAACAUUUGACGGACAACAGGAAACACACGACAAGCCAGGAGAAACACCCGACAAACAAAGCGAAGUAAAACGUCAGGAAGAAGCGUUGUCCGUUCAGGAUAAAGAAAAGAACGGGAAAACGAUGGACAGCAAUGGGGAUACAUUAGAUAAGCAAGAUACAACAUUAGGCAAGCCGGGUGAGACAUUAGAUAGGGCUAGGGAGAGUGGGGAAUUAGACAGUCCGAGCGAGGCAUUAGACAAGGAGAGGGAAACAUUGAACAUGCAAGAGGAAACAUCACAUGCACAGGAGUCAUUAGACAGACAGGGGGAGACAUCAGGCACGCAAGGGGAGACACCAGAUGAGACGGAAGCUUUAACCACGCAAGGAGAAACAUCAGAUGAGAAGGCAACAUUAGAUAAACAGACAGAGGAGACAUUGGACAGGAAGGGAGCGACAUCGAACAAGCAAGAGGACGCAUCGGGCAGACAGGAGGAAGAGACAGUGGAGAAAACACCUGAGAUGCGGGAGGAACAGGUAACACCAUACGGGCAGGAUGGAGCAGUAGAUAAGCCGAAGGAAGCGUUGGACAAGCUUCAAGAAAUAUCAAACGAGAAAGAGGGGAAACCGACAGAAGCUACAGACAUAGAGGAAGAAACGUCACAUAGACAGGAGGAACUAUCAGACAGGCGACCACUAGGAAAGCCGGGAACGUUAGACAGUGAGGAGAGAAUACCAAACACACAGGAUCAAAAUUCAGACAAACAGGAGGAGAUAUCAGGCAAGCAACCGGACAAUCCAAAGGAAGAUGAAGAAGGGAACAUCCCAAGACACCAGAAUGAUAGAUCAGCCAGGAGAGGGACAAUAUCAGAUAAAAAGGAAGAAUCAACACACAAAGACGGAGAAUCAUCGCACGAACAAGAGGGAACAUCAGACAAACACGAGGAAACAUCGGGCGAGGCCAAAACACCAAACAAACAGCAGGGAAUAUUAGAUAGAGAAAAGGACGCAUCAGAGAGGAAGGAGGAAACAACGGAUAGUCUGACCAAAACGCCCGCCAUACAGAAAGAACCAUCAGCCCCACCAAAGGAAAUAUCAGACAGGAAAGAAGAACCGUCAGACAAACCAACAACAGCUUCAGACGAGCCAAGGAAAGAUAAGCUUGGGGAUGUUUCGGGGACUGAACAGGAACAAACGGAGGACAUUGAGGAGAGAAUAUCAGAUGUGCAAGGAGUACCGGACAGAGACGAUGAAACAUCAGAAAAGAUGGAAAAGACAGCAGACAGCAAGAGGACAACUUCAGGAUCACCGAACCAAGCCGACGCCAGCUCAUCAGGUCCAGAUACCGACAAAACGGAAGGCAGGGGUUCGGAUCUGUGGGCUUCUGGGAAAAUGGGCAAAAUGGGUAGAAUAACAAGAAAGAAAGGAAAAAGAAUUACAGAGGAGCUAAAGCACAGAUUCAGAGAGUACGAAACCGAAGGUCAAAGCCCAAUGGAGACAUCAAACAGAGAGGACGAGCCAUCAGAGAAACCAACGAAAACAUCAGAUGUGCAGAAAGAACCAUCAGCCCCACCAACGGAAAUGUCAGACAGGAAAGACGAACCGUCAGACGAACCAACAACAGCUUCAGAUGAGCCAAGGAAAGAUAAGCUGAGGGACGUUUCGGGGACUGAAAAAGAAACAACGGGAGAUAGGGAGGAAAAAACAUCAGAUGAGCACGGAGUGCCGGGCAGAGACGAUGAAAGAUCAGAAAAGACGGAGAAGAUAGCAAACAGGGAGGGGACAACGUCGGGACCACUGAACCAAGCCGACGCCAGCUCAUCUGGUCCAGACACCGACAAAACGGAAGGCAGGGGUUCGGAUCUGUGGGCUUCCGGGAAAAUGGGCAAAAUGGGCAGAAUAACAAGAAAGAAAGGAAAAAGAAUUACAGAGGAGCUAAAGCACAGAUUCAAGGAGUACGAAACCGAAGACCAACGCCCAAUGGAAACAUUAAACAGAGAGGAAGAGCCAUCAGAGAAACCAACGAAAACAUCAGACAAUACUUCAUACAUGGCGGAAGGGGUGAUAGAAACACGAAAGACACCGGAGAAGGACAUGGAAUCGUCAGAUGCAGAAGACAUGCAGAGGGAAGCGGCGGAAAAUCCAAUGGAAACAUCGGACAAGGAGCAGAAAACAUCAGAAAAGCCGAGAGAAACAUUAGACAUACAAAAUAGAGCGUUAGAAAAGCAGGAGACGUCAGGAAAGACGGAGGAAAAAUUAGAUGAGCUGGAUGCAACAUCACACAGGGGGAGGGAACGGGGUGAGGAGAAAGAAAGAUCAGACAUGGAAAAAGAAACAUCACACAAGCUGAAGCAAACAUUGGAUAAUCAAGAGGCGAUGUCGCAUUCCCGUGAAGAGGAAACAUCAGAAGAACAGAGGAACAUACUGGACAAGGAGGACGAAACAUCGGAUAAGGAAGAGGAAGCAUCAGACCUAGAAGAGGAGGAGACAUUGAAACAAAGGAUGGAAGAGAAAAGGCGACUCUUUGAAGAAUAUGGUAUAUUUGAUGACAGCGAUGUCGAUGAAGAAGACGAACUGGACGAGAAUCAGCCAGACACUGAACAAGACGCUUCAAACGAAGACAAUGCGUCUGAGAUGAAUACUGACAAACCUAACCAAACAAGUGGAGAAAAUAUAGAUGAAGAAGCUCGAAGAAGAAAGCUAUUUGAAGAGUACGGCAUAUUUGAUGACGACGAUGACGUCACGGUACCUGUCAGUGACGUAGCCAUAGCUGACGUAGUCCAUCCGGAUCAAGGAGAAUCGAAUCCACUGCACAGUAUACCUGAGUUAGAGGAAGAUUCUGGUCUAGGUGCUGAUCAGCGCAUAACAUCUUCGCAAGAAACAUCAGAUCCAAAACAGGAUGAGGGUACCUUAGAGACCCUUUCGGAGGAAUGGUCUACUUCAGGCGAUGGCAACAAAGUUCCCACAGACGUUUCAACUCACAAGCAGCAGCAACUGACAGCUCAGGACGUCGUGUUAGAAGAAGCAGUCAGUACUGAUGAUAGCGAUGUCGACGAGAUUUUGCGAGAGGUCGGGGGUCUAGACCAAGCUCUAGAGAUCGAAGCAUCAUUAGCCGAAUUCGACACGACCGUCGAUGAAGCAGAUAAACAAGCCUCAGAUGAGGAGAAUGAAGUCACCAGUGGUACCGUAGCUUCGGGUCCAGAAACUUCCCAAAGUGGGAAGUUUGAAGACUUCUACCCUCAGUUUCACUACCCGACGUCUCCCUUCGCUGCGAAUGCUGAGCAAGGAUUAUCGUAUUAUCUUGAGCAGGAAAGAUCCUCCGAAACCCCUCGUGAAGGCGACGAGGAGUCCAAAACAAAGGGAGACUCAGUAACAACGUUACAGUCGACACCAAGUGACACUGUACAUGUUAAACUAACGGAAGAGAAAGGCAAAGAUGUUGACAAUGAAUUUGAAAUGGCAGAGGACAAACAACCUUCAGGUUCUGAAACCUUGCCGGGGGCGAGUUCAAUGGACACAAGAAAAGCGCAGCUACCGGCCCAAGAAGACGCCUACUCAUCAGGUCCAGACACCGACAAGACGGAAGGAGCUAGUCCGGAUCUAUGGACGUCUGGAAAAAUGGGUAAAAUGGGUAGAAUAACAAGAAAGAAAGGGAAAAGAAUCACAGAAGAGCUAAAGCAGAAGCUCAAAGAAUAUGAAACUGAAGGCCAAGCAGACGAAAAUGCCCCUUCUGUACAAUUUGAGGUGCCAUCACAAAAACAUGAUCCUAGAGUAGAAGUAACACAGCAAGGUCGCGAAGACAUGCCUGCAACCUUGGCAUCGGUGUCAAAACCAGAGGAUGAAAAUAAAGAUACUGAGGAAAAUAAAGACACUGUGGACAAAUCGGAGGAUGAUGAAGAGUCCGUAACGCAGCCAUUGCUGUCACAACCUGAGGGUAGCAACGAAGACAAAGAUAAAGCAGAGCUUGGUGUCGAGUCGGAAAAUUUGCCAUCGGUGUCGCAAUCAAGGGGCAGAAACAAAGACACUAACGACAGAGCAGAGGGUGUUGACGAGUCAUCAACGCAACUAUCGGUGUCACAGUCAGAGAGAAAAGACAUUCAUGACGAAGUAGAGGUUAGCAAUGAGUCAGAAACAGUGGUAUUGGCGUUACAAGACUCUGAAGAGAAAACUGCAAUUGACAACAGGUCAACAACAAUGGCAUCGGCGUUAAAACAAAAAGAAGGUAGUGAUAAAGGAACUGAUGUUGGUGACAAGUCAGCAAAGCUACCGUCGGCGUUACAACAAGAAACAGAGAAUAGCAACAAAGACGAUAAAAAGGAGACCGUCGAUGAAAAGCCAUCCACGCUGUCCUCGGCGUUACAGCAAGACGAUAAAGACAAGGGCACAGAACAACAGUCUGUGUCCGUGAAGACGUCUAGUCGGUCUAACAAAGAAACCCGGCGUGAGCGCAGGAAAAAGAGCAAGGAGACUUCAGCAGAACCCACCAUCUCGGACGAGCCCCAGGAACAGAAAACAGCCCCCCAGCGACCUGUCCGCCCUGAACGAAAACAUCUACAAGAACGACAAUCAACAGUUUCCAAGGGCAAAACCAGGACAAAGUCGGGAAGGGAAGACGACGAGGCUGAAGAAAGGACACGUGGCCAAGACAGCUUCGGGCCCACAUCAGGAGACCAGUUUUCGGAUGAAUACACGGGUCCUCACAAGGCUUACAUGUCUCGUGCCGACAGAAAAAGACUGACUAACCAGCGCAAGAAAGCAGAGCGCGACGCCAAGCUACAAGAAGAAGUUCUACAUGCGGAUGCUGAGACGUCGGAUCAAGACUCACCAAACACUGCAAGCCAUUUCAAUCUGGACGACAAAAACGUCGUUGCUGUUGAAGAGGAAGAGCAGUUUAACAUCGUAGACGUUGCCGUUUCCUCAAUUGAGGACGAAAGUGAAUCGUCGGGAAGUAGCCGGACGAGACAGCGUUCCGUCAGUUCUUCGUCACGUGAUACAGAAACGACUAGAGCUGUCGACAGGACGACUUCCAGAGCAGACAAAGAAGGAGAUUCGUCCAGUGGCGAUGGCAAACGUCCAAGACGUACACGCACACGGUCCAGGCAAAGGACAAGUCACAAACAUGAAACGAACAAGCCCAAGAAGGGAGGACAUAAGACCGCGUCUCGUCCAGCAGAUACGACAGAAACUAAAGAGCCUGGUAAAAGUGACAUGGAGAAGUCUACGAAGGAAGCAACUCUCGACGAAACGGCUAAAAUGAACCUGGUUCUUGGAAUGGGAAUGCUGACGACGGUGCUGUUUUCGGUCCUGUUGUUGUGGCCUGAGAUAUCGGCGUGGCUGUUGUUACUGUUAUCACAGAAACACAAAGAACAGUGAUAUCUCACAGUUUAACGGGCAUAAAGUAAAUCAAAGAUAGAUGUUUGGAAGGCCAGUAUUCUCGCCGUUUGUUGUACAGAGACUGUGCUUUUAAGUACGGUGAAGUGUACCAAACUGAUACAUUUAGAUAAUCUAUCAAGUUUCGUCUCUUAGAACCACGAGAAUGUUAGAAAUGUA